UCCGAAGAAACAAUUAAAAAGUUGGUGUAGAGGGCAAGGGGAAGGCAAGGAAGAAGGCAGGCUCUGUUGGAUUGGAAACCGGGCCGGCCGUUUCCAAUUCUCCAUCCUCCCUUCCCCUUCCUUCCUUCCUUCCUUCUCCAGGCCAUCUCUUGCCAAGAACAAAUUAAUUCACCAGCACCAGAGGAACUAAACUAAGCCUAUUGAUUUGUUGCUUACCCUACGUGUAUGCAUGCUAGCCGUAGCCGGCCGGCAGCUAGCUCGUUUUUGAUUCGUCUUCUUUGAUGGGCAUUCCAUUUCAAGUCCAAUCCCAACAGUUGAUGCUAUGGUUGGGAAUAGGAUAUGGUUUGGGGGCCUUUUCAACAGCUCAGGUAGAAGGCGGCAACUCAAUGCUGAGAAGACCUUUGAGCUGAGCCCUCUUCAGGAGCGACGUUUGCAGAAGCUGAAGGAAAGACUAAAUAUACCUUAUGAUGAAACUCGACCAGAACAUCGAGAAGCCCUAAGGGCUCUGUGGAGUGCUUCGUUUCCGGAUGCAGAGUUGUCAAGCUUAGUUUCAGAGCAGUGGAAGGACAUGGGGUGGCAGGGUCCAAACCCAUCCACAGAUUUCAGAAUUAAGCAAAUUCUACUCUUGAUCUUCAGGGGCUGUGGAUUAGUGGGGCUUGAGAAUCUUUAUUUCUUUGCAACCACAUAUCCGGCUUCUUACCAGAGGCUGCUUCUGAAGAAACAAGGCAUGCGGGCCACAUGGGAGUACCCCUUCGCAGUUGCCGGUGUUAACGUCUCAUACAUGUUGAUCCAGCUAUUGGAGCUCAACGCAGAACGGCCCAAGUCUUUGCCAGGGAUCAACUUUAUCAAAGUGCUUUCAGAACACGAAGAUGCAUUUGAUGUCCUGUACUGUAUAGCUUUCGAGAUGAUGGAUGCCCAGUGGCUGGCAAUGCGAGCCUCCUACAUGCAGUUCAAUGUACCAAGUAUUGGAAGCAACAAAGCAGCAGCUGGAGAGAGAGCUAUCUCUAGAGGAUGUCAGUGAAAUCCAUGACCUGCCAGCUUACAACCUUUUGUACAAGUAGCUAGCUAGGGGCCGGCCGGAGGGAGGCUCAAGAUCGAAAACACAAACAUAAAUUGACUUGUAAAUUGCAUAUAUAUCCAUGUAUCAUCAUGUUUUACGUAUAUCCGAGAGAAAGAGGCAGACAUUACACUUA